AUGACGUCCCCCAGCCCCACCAUCAUCACCACCACCACCGCAUCCCUCCUCCCGCCCGCCUCGACCGCGACAGGCUCCCCCGCCGGGCCCGUGAAGCCGACCGAGUGCAGCCUCCUCGGCCCGUUCGCCAUCUUCGUGCAGCUCGCCCUCGGCGCCCUGGCCCUGCUCUCGCUCGUCUACAAGCGCUGGCGCGAGCGCCCGCAGCGGCCCGUCAAGAUCUGGUUCUUCGACGCCUCCAAGCAGGUCUUUGGCAGCGUGCUGGUCCAUGGCGCCAACGUCUUCAUGUCGCUGCUGACCAGCGGCAAGUUCAGCAUCGAGGUCGACGCCGGCGCCGUCGCUGCCGGCGGGGUGGUCAGGCGCAUGGUGGGGGAGCUGAUGGGCAGGGGCGAGGAGGAGGUCUAUGUGCCGAAUCCGUGCUCGUUUUAUUUAUUAAAUUUGGGGAUUGAUACUACCAUCGGCAUACCCAUCCUCAUCGUCAUCGUGCGCGUUUUGACUCGCCUCGUGGCCCACACCCCCCUCGGCAACCCGCCCGAAUCGAUCCAGAGCGGCAACUAUGGCACCCCGCCAAACGCCUGGUGGUGGCUCAAGCAGAGUCUCAUCUACUUCUGCGGCCUCAUGGGCAUGAAGGUCGUCGUGCUCAUCAUGUUUAUGGCGUUCCCCUGGCUGCCGCACGUGGGCGACUGGGCCCUGGGCUGGACCGAGGGCAACGAGAAGCUACAGAUUGUCUUCGUUAUGAUGCUGUUCCCGCUCAUCAUGAACGCCCUGCAGUACUACAUCAUUGAUUCCUACAUCAAGAAACAGGACGCCGUCGCCGUCGACGGUGAGGCCGCCACAGGCACGGGCGGACCGAUCGCUUACGAAGAGCUGGCGAUAUCCGAGAGCGACGAUAGCGACGACGACGACGAGGAUGCGAGUAAACUCGUCAACGCCGAGAGGAGCUCGCAUGUGCGGAUGGAGAGACAGGAUUCCGUCGCGGACCGGCCCAGCCGGGAUGGCGAGUAUGAUCCGGCGGUGGAUGGCGACAGCCCGACGGUCAUCGGCAGCAGCUCGAGCCACAUCUCGGACGCAGGGGCGCUACCUAAGCCGUUGCUUCCUGCCGAGUAA